AUGGUGGUUGAUAUUUCCUCUGACAGAGGUUUCAACGGUCUUCUCAAGGCUGUUACACUAGACAACCAAUCGAAUCCUGCUGACAUCCUCGAUGAUCUUGAAGAGAGCUAUGACACUGCGAACUUAGACAUAAGCUCUAGCCAGAGCUCAGAUUAUCUGUCAGGGCUCAACGACGCAGUCAGAGAUAUUUCUAAAGGUGUAUCAGAAAAAACAGCUAAAGAAUAUCUUCGCUGCAAUACAAUAAGUCUCAACGGUAGCUCAAUUCCAGCAAGUGUAGAAAAAUCAACCUAUACACAUGCUCAGAAGAUGCAAGCAGCUGCUACAUUUGGAUUUGGACGGAUUCAUGGCUUAGGAAUGCAGGCAUGGCACAGCAGUGAAAUUACGGGGAAGAUGCUUGGCAAUCCAUCUAUUUCUGAGAUCACACAAUCAGGGGACACUCCAACCAGUGCACGAGCAGUCACAUCAGUGCUACUCGAAAGCCUUUAUUAUUAUAACAAGCAACCCGAGUUUCAAAAACCUAAGGCUUAUCAAUCCACUUCUCGUAGUGGUCUGAAAGGCCAGUUAGAUUCAACUGCAAGAUAUAACGACAUCCAAGGAUCCCAAAAGUGGACGGGGCUUCGAACUUCACUAGAUAUCAAGCCGUUUGUUUUCUGGGAAAUGCCAGAAGAAUAUCAGCACCUGUGUGUGGACUGGAAGAAGGAUACCUUUUUCGAAAAAUACGGGCAAAUGAUCAUCUCGCAGAAGAGAAUGAACCAAUGGUAA